UGGGAGCUACUGAGCAAGGCGGAGAUCUGAUGUCAGAUCUUUUUAACAAACUGGUCCUCCGGCGCAAAGGCAUUUCGGGCAAAGGACCAGCCGCUGGUGGAGACAGCAAUGCGCCCAAUGUACCAGCAGGUGCCUUUGGCCGCAUCUCCGACACCAUUCCGCCCCUGCCACCUCCACAGCAGCCAGCUGGGGAAGAGGACGAAGACGACUGGGCUUCCUAGAUGGCACUUCAGAAGGCAACAUAAGGAGGCUUAACAGAGGGCCCUCUUGCUGUUUGACACGUCCAUCUUUUUUUUAAGAAUACUCACUACAGUGGAUAUUGCCACUUUGCCAUCCAAUCCUGAACACCAACAUGAAUAUAAUUACGCACACAGAAGAAUCUGCCGCCGUGCAAUUUGUCCUCAAGGACGAGAGCUAGUUUCCAUCUUAGAAAAAGCCUCCGUGACCAAAACAUGGCAUGUGAAAACAUUUGGCAUCUGCAGCAAGACUCUGCUUGCUGGGAGCUGGGAGGCUUCAGAGGCUACCCAGCCACUACUGAGAACAGUUUCUGUUUUCUUUCAAUGCUCAUAUCCUUUUUAGCUCUCUAAAGGACUUUUGCCUGCUCGGUGCAAUGAUUAUAUAUAUAAAUAUGCAUUUUACUCUACUACUUGCUUUGAAUGUCCUAAAUGAAAACCUGAAAGAAGCCUGUUUUUGCAUCCAAGUGCAAUAAGAACACAUUUCGGGGGACAAAACUGGAAUGGAGGGUGCUGCAUUAUUAGCUUGCAUAUAGGAAAAUGCAUUAACCUGUUUCAAAGAAAGGCACGCUUUGCUUUACUUUCCUUGUCCCGUCUUCUUCCUUUCAACUUCUUGUUGCGGAAGGUAGUAUUUGUUUGCAGCAUCAGGAUGGAAACUCA